CGAAGCUGUUUCCAAGGUGACGGUGUGGCGGCCUCGGUGGUGGAUUGAGCGGGUCUGAGCGAGGUUCCCAGAGGACUGCGCGUCCCCGUCCUGUCGGCGCCGUCAUGGCGGGUUUGCUGAAGAAGACCACCGGCCUUGUGGGAUUAGCUGUAUGUGAAAGUCCACACGAGAGGCUAAGAAUAUUGUACACAAAGAUUCUUGAUGUUCUUGAGCAAAUUCCUAAAAACGCAGCAUAUAGAAAGUAUACAGAACAGAUUACAAAUGAGAAGCUGAGUAUGGUUAAAGCGGAACCAGAUGUUAAGAAAUUAGAAGACCAACUUCAGGGUGGCCAACUAGAAGAGGUGAUUCUUCAGGCUGAAAAUGAACUAAGUCUGGCCAGAAAAAUGUUACAGUGGAAACCAUGGGAGCCUUUAGUGGAAGAGCCUCCUGCCAACCAGUGGAAGUGGCCAAUAUAAUCAUCAUUGAAUGACUAGUGUGUUCAUGGGAAAGGGAUGUAAUUAAAUGUUCUGUUAUAUUAAAAAUGUUUCUAUAUUAUUGACAUAAUCAAAAAAACUAAUACAGACCAUAUUUAGGACACUUCUUAAAAUUGAUACUAUGGUAAUAGGGACUUGUGAAUCCAUUUUUGAUAUGUAAAGCAUUCAUUUAAGCUAUCUUAAAGAUUUUGUUGUUGGGAGUUUUUUUUGUUGUUUGUUGUUUGUUUUUUACAGAGAGGUUGUGGAAAGAUUUGAAAGUUAAUUGGAAAAAUUCCUAUAGAUUUUCAAUGCAGAAGCCAUAACCAAAAUGUUAAGUAUUUAUAGUGGCAUCUUCAACACAUCAUUUAAUGAUUUUUAUCUUG